AUGGCGCAAGGCCCACUUGCAAAAAAGUUUAAGGUUAAUAAUAAUAAUCGAAAACUUACAAAAACAAAAUCAAUUAUUAAUAAGUCAAAUGGUAAUAACCAUAGAGUUAAACCAAAGAAAGGAGCAAAAUCAAUUGCACCAAAAAAACAAUCAUUGAUAAAACAACAAUCAAUUCAAAAGAAACUGACGGCUGCUAUAAAUAAAAACAUUGAACAAGUAAUCGCUUCUAGAGCUGAAUCUGUUGGUGGCGGUCAAAAAUUUAAUAUCGUAAAACUAAUUAACGGUAACGAUAAUAAAGAAGGAAAAAAUAAAUCAAAAAAAUAA